AUGAUUGAAAUGAUGAAUUUCGAUAAUCUCUUUCGAUGUUUUAUAUUCAUUCAAUCAUUUGUACGUGGUUGGAGAAAUCCAUUUCAUUUACAAGAAAGUUUUACCAAUCGACGUGGAAAAAUUGGUUUAAGAGAUGAGUGUUUAGAAAUUGUACCAGCUGAAAAUAAACAAAAAGGUAAUCAAAAUUAUAUAAAUGCUCGAUUUCGUUCAUCACUUGCCAAUUAUUUACCACAUUUGGUUCCAUCUCAAACAGCUACAGCUCAUUUUCAACUUGUUCUGUCACGUGAUCAAGGUUUUAGUCGACGAAGGUUAUUUACUGCAGUCCCAUUAAUUAAUCAAUAUCCUAUAGGUUCAAUUCUUCUUGAAAAUCCAUAUUAUGGUUUAAGAAAACCACCAGAUCUACUUUAUUGGUGUCAAAAAAUGAAAUUAACAUCAGCUAUUCUACAUGGUUUUUCCCUUGGUGGACAUAUGGCUUCAUUAGCAUUUACAAAAUGGCCUGAUCUACCUUCUCGACAAUUCUAUAAAAAUAAAGCCUCUCAAACAUUUUAUGAUUAUUUACGUGAACGAAAUCGAUCAAUAGAUUCAAAUAAAAUUGUUCUCAAUCUUAUUAAAGAUAUGAUGCGUCUUCUUAUGGAUGAAUUUACAUCUUUAUAUAAUUAUUCAUGUUCGAUACAGAGAUGUCCACAGGGCGCUUUUCCCGGCCCUGCCCUGCCCUGUUCUGCCCUGCCGUGCAAAAAGAAAGUAUGUCAAAAAAAUUUGUGCCCUGCCCUGCCCUGCAGGACAGGGCAGGGCAGGGCAGGGCGCAGGGCAUAGUGAAUAUUUUAAUUCAAUAUCUUCGUAUUAUUAGGAUACAAUGAAAACCUACUACUUGCAUUCAUGUCAGAGCAGGUCUAUUGAUUUACUUCCUAUAGUACAGAGCAGAGCUUGUAGUGACGAUAUACACGAAGAAAAUUAUGAUUAAAGUUCGAAAAA